UCCAUUUCUCUCUCUCUCUCUCUAUAAUAUCAGCAGACCAAAAAAAGAAAUGGAAUUUAGGCUAAUUUGGGCUCACCUUUUGCUCUGUUCUUGAAGUUUUCUUCCAUUGAUAAAAUGUCUGGUUUGAAGGGAAAUGGUUCGGUGCCAUCACUUCCGCCGCCGCAGCCCAAGUCUCCGCCGGAAUAUCCCGAUUUGUACGGCAAGCGGCGGGAGUUGGCCAAAGCCCAGAUGCUAGAAAGAGAAAUUGGUUUUCUUGAGGAAGAAUUGAAAUCUAUUGAGGGGCUUCAGCUUGCUUCAAGAUCAUGUAAAGAGGUUGCGGAUUUUGUGAUGGCAAAUGUCGAUCCUCUCAUUCCCACCAGAAACAAGAAGAUACGCAGAUCACGCCGCUUCUGGAAAUGGCUCUGCGGGAUAUCAUGUUUCACCGUUUCGUGGAGUUGCUGCUGUUGUUGUUGUAAUUGCUCGUCACAGCUGGAGAUUCCAAGAUGCUGCAAAUGCACUACCGAUGUAUGUAAUUGUUGCAGCAAAUUAUGUGUCAAGUGCAGAAUGCCUAAGUGCAACUGUUUUUCGAGUACCAAAUGCUGCAGCGAGUCCAAAUGCGGCCUGAAUUGCGGCUGCUGCUGCUGCAAAUUACCAAAAUGCCCUUCUUGCACGUCUUGUUCUUGCUUUAGUUGUUGUACGUGUUAUCCGAAGUGUCCUAAGUUGAAUAUACUUUCGUGUUGUCACAAAACCUGCUGCUACCCUUGCUACUUUUGUUACUAGUAUCAAAUGUGCUUGGAUCGUUCAUUUCCACGUGCCCUUUUAUUUUAUAUAUUUUUUACUUUUCUCGAA